UCCCGGAAGUGAGUGUGGGAGAGCUGCCUGUCCAAAGCGCACGUUCCUCGCGCUCCCCCAGCGCGGCUGCCCCCCCGUCCCGCCGCCAUGACCGAGCCGGGCCCCGCCGCCGGUCUGCUGCUGCUCCCGCUGCUGCUGAGCCCGGCCCUGGCCGGCGGAGCCGACGACACCGAGUGGGUCCGGCUGCCCAGCAAGUGCGAGGUGUGUAAGUAUGUGGCAGUAGAGCUGAAAUCUGCCUUUGAGGAAACUGGGAAGACAAAGGAGGUGAUUGACACAAAGUAUGGCUUUCUAGACGGAAAGGGGUCUGGAAUCAAGUACACGCAAUCGGAUAUCCGACUGAUCGAGGUGACAGAGACCAUCUGCAAGAGACUGUUGGACUAUAACCUGCACAAAGAGAGAACUGGCAGUAACCGGUUUGCAAAGGGAAUGUCGGAGACGUUUGAAACCCUGCACAACCUGGUGCAUAAGGGGGUGAAAGUGGUGAUGGACAUCCCCUAUGAGCUGUGGAACGAGACUUCUGCUGAAGUGGCUGACCUCAAGAAGCAGUGUGAUGUGCUGGUGGAGGAAUUCGAAGAUGUGAUCGAGGACUGGUACAGGCAUCACCAGAAGGAAGACCUGGCUCAGUUUCUCUGUGCGAACCAUGUGCUGAAAGGGAAAGACACAAGCUGCCUGGAAGAGCAAUGGGCCAGCAAGAAGGGAGAUGUAGCGACCAUGGGGGAGAAGAAGACAAAGAAAAAGGGUGGCAAGAACAAGAAACCAGCAGAGAGGAAAAAGAAAAACAAGAAGGAGAAGGUUGAGGAAGCAAAAAGCCACCUGGACCCAAGUGCUGAAGGGAGUCCUGAGGAGGAGGGGGAUAUCCAGCCGAAGGCUCCCCUUGCGCACAGCCCAGCUGACGAGCUGUAGUCUCUCGGACUCUGCACACCGAUUUGCAGCCCAUGGUAGGGACAGCGAAUGCUCUGGACACGUGGGAUAUUGAAUGCGCUCUGGGCAUCGCAACAGCCAGUUGCCUCACAAGACGGUGACCCCUUAUUUCUGAAGGGAAAUAAAUUAGAACUCUUCUAAUUUAUUGCUCCAAGGGCGGCUGGGUGGAGAUCUCGCCGUAGCUAGUCAGCAUUACCGUGAGCUGCGGUACCACGUGGAUCACAGAUGUGGAGUACCAGCAGCUGGCAGAGACCCCUGCACACGCAGGGCAGCUGGGCCGGACAGGAGAUGCCUCCUGAGUAUGUGGAGCUUGUUAAACUCCUCUUAUACUUCCUAGACAAUACAGAUCCUGCCUUUAGCGGGAGAGACCUUCCACCCUCUGCUCUUCUCCCUGCCGCCUCUUGCCCAGCUUGAUUGUAUUGAUGAAAGGGUCUGGAAGUGGUGCUGGGGUCCCACAAUGAGUUAUCCUCCUGCUCUGCAAGCUUGCUGCCCACCCCUCUCCCGUAGGACCAUUCCAUUCAGGAGCGGCCAUUCCAGCUUCCUGGAAGCCUGUGGUUCCUGCUGUUGCUGCAGAGAGGGCCCUUCGCCCCCUGUUGAUGUCCUGUUCCAUUUGAUCUAGCUUUCACUCUCCCAUCUGCACCAUGGACAGCAGCUCCUGGCUUUGCAAGGAGGGGCUCCCUUGUAUUUUAUGCAGUUCUUUGCUACCUGUUGGCGGUUUCUCUAAGGGUACGUCUAUACUUACCUCCAGGUCUGGCAGUAAGCAAUCGAUCUUCUGGGAUCGAUUUAUCGCGUCUUGUCUAGACGCGAUAAAUCGAUCCCGGAAGUGCUCGCCGUUGACGCCGGUACUCCUGCUCGGUGAGAGGAGUAUGCGGAGUCGACGGGGGAGCCUGCCUGCCACGUGUGGACCCGCGGUAAGUUCUAACUAAGAUAGUUCGACUUCAGCUAUGUGAAUAACGUAGCUGAAGUUGCGUAUCUUAGUUCAAAGUGGGGGGUUAGUGUGGACCAGCCCUUAAAGUGCCAGUAGAUAUUAACACCCUCCCUGUGGGGUGCGGGAGCAGGACCCACUAUGCCCUGCAGGGGCACCCAGCUAACUUCGAAUGCAGUCUUAGUCCCUCUUGCAUGUGCCCAGGAGCCUCCCAUCAGCUCUUACCACUCAUCAAAGCACGUGGGGACCCCAGCCUGGGAGUGGGGUUAAGUCUGGUCCAGUCCAGCCAGGCUGACCUGUGAUCUCGGCACUGCAGCUCACCGAGAGAGCUGUUCUGCUAGAAGUAGGUAUGUUUCUGAGUGCUCUUGGGUCCCACCAGCUCGAUCACGUGUCAUGGAAUAUUCCCAGGUAGUGAGAGACUCAUUGGUCUGACCCUGUUUUUCAGGCUAGUGAGCGACUGUUGGUUCCCUCCCCCGGGCAGGGCACCAGACUUCAGGCACCAGCACUGCCAACUCUUGCCACUGUAUCACAGGUCUCGUGGUAUUUGGUGUUUUCUUUAAAACCUCGGCUCCUGGCGUCAUGGGGUUCUGUGAGAAUCUCCGCUUUAGAAUGAAGCUGUUUCUAGCCCUCGUGGCUGCAGGGGACAGCUUGAAAGUGUCACCAGUGUGACCUGAAAACCCCAAAUGUGUGGUGGUUUUUAAUCGUCUUGUGGGGAUAGUUGGGGGCUAGCCCCUGGGUUCUGAAUGUGGGGGGUUGGCCCUGCCACUUAAACGCAGCCCCAAAGGCACACUUGGAACUAAGCUUAGAAUUCUUUUUAAGCAAGGCCACUUUAUACCACUUCCUGCUGUGGAGUCAUCCUGUAAUGCAGUUGAGUGACGGCAGCAGGCGUGGGGGUGGGUCGGUGCGACUGGGCACGGGCGACGGGGAGGAAUGAAUGAGAAUAUCUGGUGUGACAAGAGCUUUUGUCCUUUCAGUUUCGUUCUAUGGCAACUCCAGCAGUUACUAUGACUGUACACUGGAAUCCCUUACCCAAAGCAAGGGACUUGGCAUUCUAAUUAGCGAAACUGGCCUGAAGCAGCUGAGAGCCUCAUGGCUACCAGCCCUCUCUUCUGGAAGGUUAUCCUCUGAUCAGCUUUGUCCUUCUCUCUUCCCCAUACAGUCCUCCCUUCCCCUUAUUUUUCUCUUGACAAAUAGCAUAGCUUCCCCUUGACCCACUCCUGAUGUAGGAUUGGCCUCUUCACCUGUGCGGGCUCCCAGCUACUGCUAGACAUUGGCGUCUGCUUCUCAGCACGAACACGUCUCCUGCUAAGAGCUGCUGCUGGGUUGCAAUGUGCCGGUGGGGUAACGGGCCACUGUGCAUUCGGGAGAGGUGUUCCAUGCUCUGAGCAGGGCAGAAGCCCAGCUGCCUCCCCAUAGUCACAGUUGUGAGGCACUGGGCAGGACCCAAAUGAAGGGCCGGUCUUGGUGCGUUGCUUUGUAAUUGCCAGGCAGGAAAUCAUUCUGCUCUGAAGCUAAUGGGGGGAGUGGAGGCUGCUGGGGGUGCGUUUGGGGAUGUUGAAGGAUGACGCAAUGGAGACUGUAAAGUAACAAUGGGAAACGGGCAGCUGCUGCUCAAGGAGAAGUGCUCUGCAGCCUUUGUAAUAGCAAGCGAACACACACCACGGGGUGGGAUUCCCUUCUGCAGCUGCAGAACAUGCCCCCCGGCCAGCACCUUGCACGGGGAAGGGGGCAAGCUCUGGAGGGGCAGGGGAGACUUCCUGUAUUCAUUAUGGUUCGAAGGCACCAUCCGCCUCUGCUUCCUUAUAGAGGAACAAAUUCAGUUCAGAACAGAGCUCGCCUUGUUACAAACCCUAAAUGGCAAUUGAGGCUCCCAGCUAGGCAUCUGCUUCUCCCUUGGCUUCCAAUGCAGACUGGCCACCUCUCCUCUUGGCCAGUUCCUGCCAGGCUGCAGCAAAUCAAUCCAGACCCAGAGAAAUGCUGCCACUUCCAGGGGCGCUCUGAACCAGCUGCACUUCAGGUUUCCCUCUUCCCUGUGAGGUGAAUGGCUUCUCCCUCUUCUCUCUGAAGAGAAGCGAGAGAGACCAAGAUGGGCUCACGCCCCAAGCACCAUGGCAGGAUUUCUGUACAAUGGAGCUGCCACCGCUUCCCUUGAUCCUCGUAUCUCACUGUUAGGAACCUUUUCCUGUUACUCUGCAUCUUCUCUUCUUACCACCUCCUCCUUGUCUGAGUUUUAUCCCUGCCCGACGUAUCUGUACCAAACACUGGCAGACUUGUACUGCUGUUUAAAAUGGGGGAUUUCUGAGGAAGUGAGUAGUCUUGUUUUUCCCACAUUCCCUCUGUUUUUGGGCUUCUCUGGAGCUGCCCACUGUGUCUUUUUCCAGAAGCCCCCUGCUCUGAAACACACUGCUCCUGCAAGCUGUAAUUACACUGCCCAGUUUGUUGCCAUAUCACAUGACACCCUCCUGGAGCCAGCUCCAUGGGCUCAGGAUCUUAGCGUUUGACUCUCUUGACUCUGGUGCAUUUUAAGGUCUCAGCUUUAAUGUUAGGGUGGGGUUAGGGUCACUUUUGGAGAGGGUUAAAUUCACGCUGAAGCCUGUGCUGGGCUAGACAACUUGCUGGAGAGUGGGGGAGGGUUGUACAGUAGGGCUGGCACAUUCAGGGAAUCUUACUCUCUCUCUGCAUUUCAUCCUGAAGGACUUUCCAGAUCUCUCUCCUGUAUUCCUCUCUGGGCAUUUCUAAUUUGCCCAUCGCCGUGGUGUCUGAGCCAAGCAGUUGUUUCACUCCCCACCCCAGAAAUACCUCCUGUACAUAAUGCAGCAUUGCGUAACAGCACAUGCCUACAGGCUGGCAGAGCAUGCCCCCAAACCUGCCAGGGCUGCAGAAUGUACCCCCCUCCCAGGUGCCUUAGAGGAUCACGGCAGGUACAAUUUGGCUAGCACAGGGAGGCUAACUGGCAGAAAGUUCUACUGGCCCUUUUCAGGUAGUAAUGAGCUCUGCAAUCCACAACCUCCGCUUUUCAUCUACUGGGACAGCCGCUACCCCAGCGGCACAGCACCUAUUAGGGCUGCCCCUCCCUUGCCUACACUAGAGACGCUUCCAUCACUGACUUCAGCUCUGGUAGUGCUAGCAGAGGCUAGAGCCCUCCUGGAGAUGGGCUAAAGACUGCCAGUGGCAUUGAUUAGACUUUCUGAGCAGGCUUAGAUGGGGCAUUAUGUGACAGUGUUAAAAAUGCCAGCGGGCUGUCAACAUGAGGGCUCCUAACCCCCCUGGAAGCUGUGCUGAGCAUAAAGGGCUCCUUGGAGACAGGCACACCUCCCACAUCACCAGCACCAUUCCCCAGCGCAGCGAGAGGGGGUGGGUAUGCCAUACAGACCCCCAGGCCCUGGUACAUGCACAGCAGUGAGAUGCUGCAAUGCAACCCUUCCCUCUACACUUCCCAGCUCUUCCCCCACUCCGUGGCAAUGUGAGACCACGAAGUGCAGCACCCGCGCAGAGAGAUCACAAGACCAUGCUCUGUGGGCCUUCAGUAGAUACAAUCCUCCUGUAAAGCUGCUGCUGGAAAAUCCUAACUAGAGACUCCACAGAGCCUGGCUUGUUGCUUUGGUUUUGAUCCAUGCCUCUCACCCCUGUGGUCUAGGUGCUUGUCUGGCCUUGAGCCCAGUUCCAGGUGGGGUUGCUGAGCCCAAGGUGAGGCUUCUGGGGUUUGUUUGCACAUUGUGUUUGAUUCCCCUAGUGCUUUGCAGUGUUUGCUGCUUUGGCCAAGAUACAACAGCUGUCCAGGGUACUUCCCUGACUGUUGCUUAGCGGGGUGAUCAGUUCUGCUCUGCUGCCACGUAGCUGUUUGCGUAUUUGCAGCCGAAGCCUUUCUGUAAGGGUUUGUGCCAGUAAGUGUGAUGCAACUAGGGCAGGCCCUUGCCAGGUGCAGCUCGAUGACCAUAAACACCGAGGGGGAGACAAAGCCCAGGUCCAAGCCAGAGUGAUUGCAGCCAUUGAGAUGCCCAGAGAUUGCCUGCAGACAUCUGGAAUAGGAGCACGGGAGAGUUUCUCAAAUGAACGGGAAUCUUAAGACUCAUUAUCAAGAGCACUGCAGCAAACUGGGCCUGCCCUGGGAAUGAUGCCGAGAUAGCAUCCAGCUGCCUUCAGCCUGAACCCCAAGCUGUACAAACCCCUGUGCUGGACAGAGGGAACCUGUCUCUGACAGAGACCCAAAUCUGUCUGUUACAUGGCAGCAGCGUUGAGAUGGCUCAGAGAGGCUGCAGGGUUUCCAUAGGUGGGCAUGGCAGCGAGCUGGUGCAUGCACAGGGCAGGGAGGGUGCAGGGGCUCUUUUUAUGCCCGACCCAAUACAGGACAGUCAGGCCCUGUUUGCAGUUUGGCUCAGCACCUCACUGUUCUCAACAGGCUCGUGGGUGAUGGUACCAUCCUAGGCUGGAUUACAGAACCCAGCCAGUGGUGAUAGAGCAGUAGCUGAUAGCCCUUCCCUAUGGUGCUCCUAUUAACCUCUCAUUUUUCGUCCCGUCUUCCUACAUUUUGGAUGAACAGUUGUAUCUUAAAUGUCUAGGGCCCUUUUGGCUCCAUAGCCAGCUCUCUUGUGGUGGUGUAGAGAGUGGCCUGUGAUCCUAUGUGAAUCUGGUUAAUGGUCACCUAGUUUCAACCUGAAUUCACUCUUGUGUGCUAUUUGCGUUUAUUUUUAAAUAAACUCCAAGUCUGUUAA